AUGGGCGCACCAUCGCAACCCCCGCCAUCUACCUUUGGCGGAGGCAAUGACAACAUUUGGGCAACCAGCUAUGCCCUACCCUCGCAAGGUAUGAUGAUAUCGUUUGUCUAUCCUGUCAAAGGCGGACAUGAAUGCUUACUACCAACUCCAGACAACGGCGACCGAUCAAACGUUCCCUACCCAUCAUGGCCCACAACUUCCAAUUCACCAUCACACAGCUCAUCCCCGAACAACAGAACGAGCGGAGCUGACACCAACGACACGGACUUUACCAACAGUUUUCGUGCAAUGCGAACAUCAGAUAACCUGACAAACUUCCCAAGGAAACAUGCUGUGAGGAACUCUCAGGACUCGAGGAAUUCGAACAGCUAUGGUUUCCCAAGCGGUUUGACAGGUGGUUCAGCUUCUCGACAGGAGCCGUCCUAUGGUGCCUCACACACUCCUAGCAGUUCGAUCCACUCUCAACCAGCAAUGCGGUACACACAUCCAUUGAGCCAGCAAACGCAGGGAUUGAACCAACAGCAAGUGCAGGCGUUGAACCAACAAGUGCAGGCGUUGAGCCAGCAAGCUAUGAACCCGCAGCAAGCGCAGGCCUUGAACCUGCAAGCUUUCAGCUUCAACAAUACUCAUGUUCUAGACCAACAGCCUGCUCACUAUCCGUAUCAUCUCCCGACCAGCAGGACCACUUCGUCCCAGCUCAACCCUGCUUCUCAAACCUGGAACCAAAACAUCGCCACAAACCAUGCCAGCAGAAACAGCCUCAGCAUCAGUGCUGACCUAUCAAGCGGGCCUUUCCUAGAUGAUCAACUUGCCACAACGGCUCGUAUGGAUCAGGGCAGCGCCAACACGUUCAUCCAGAAUACCUGGAACACAAGAGAGUCCGGUUCUCAGCCACUCGAGAAUCAGAGUAACCGUCGUAUGUCAAGCCAAUCUCAAUAUUCGGCCUUCUCCAGACCAUAUGGCACGCAAAAUGCUCCUUAUGGCACAUACAACGGCGCUGGGUUUAUUCAAAGCAUGGUCUCCGCAGCAAUCCCUCCUCUCUUUCAGGGAAACAGUUUUGGGAAUGCAGCAAACGCACAACGAAACCACAAUCCAUCCGGGACAAUCCGUCACCCAUGGUGCAUACAUCUCAGUUCCAUUAUUGCCUCCAGUAAAUACGUCCCUAUCGAUGCUGUCUUUGGCUGGGUUGUCAUAGCAGCUGGUGAUAAUGAAAUAUCAAGGUUCAUCCAACUCAAAUUGACAACUGCAAAGAGCGACGAGAAGGAGAAAAUGUUCCUCGAGAUUGGCCCGGACAUGCUUGGUCUGAUGAAGGAUCUCUAUGGCAACUACGUUUGUCAGAAGCUGAUUGAACAUGGUAGCAUGGCCCAGAAGAUGAGCGUGGUUGAGACGGUGAGAGGUCACAUUGUUGAACUGUCCCUGAACGCGUUUGGCUGCCGGGUGUUCCAGAAGAUUGUGGAAUGCUGCCCGGUCAGCCACAUUGCCACAAUUCUCGACGAAAUCCACAGCUAUGAUGUCCUCAAAGCGGUAAUGCAAUCCGAGCCCGGAAACCACGUCAUCCAAAAACUCGUUCAAACUAUGCCUCCGAAGGAUGUCAAGUUCAUCACUGUAGCCUGCCAGGAGAAUGCAAGAGAACUCUCGGAAGACCAAUACAGCUGCCGGAUCCUGCAGCGGGUGCUCGAAUACGCCGAGGAGGACGACAAGAAGAAGCUUGUGGCAAAGCUUAGCCUUAUGAUGGACGAACUCGUCACCCACCAGUGGGGCAACUAUGUUGCUGGUCACAUCAUUCAGAAUAGAGGCCCAGAGGAUCGGGACCCCAUUUAUGAACAUGUCAUGACUAGGCUACUUACUCUUUGCCAACACAAACUUGCAUCUCACGUGGUCGAGAAAUGCAUCGUGUACGGCACAGAUGAACAGCGCACUCGAAUCCUCGAGCGACUCUGCCCGGCUAACGAUUCUGAGCAAACGUUUGAAAACAUGUUCAAAAACCAGUUUGGCAACUAUGUGGUUGCGAGUUUGCUCAAGCACCUCAAAUGGGGAACCGUGGAGCGAGCUCAAUUCAAGGAGAACAUCAUAGUUCAGUAUGAUCUCCUCAAGGCGACCGGGAGGUCUUUUGAAAAGCUUGACAAGAUUUUCGAGGAGGACAAGAAGAUGGAGGCCAAGGAGGCAAAGCUUGCGAGUAACCUUCAAGUCGAAGUUGACUCAGCCGGGCCAACUCCAGUGUUGACCAACGAAACCAACAGUCCUCAGAGCGACAGUCUCCCAAGCGCUGACGCGAGCACCAUCGAGGAUCCUCACACCAACAAGAAGAACACGGGGGCAAACCCACGGGUUCGAGAAGAUGAUGAUGCAUAG